GAAUGUAUUAUGUUGUUAUUUGUUUAUAUGUAUUUAAAGUUUCCAGCAAUAUUUCUAGAUGUUUCAAAAGAGGUUUUGUGUGGGAUUUGGCAGCUAUGCGUGAAAUUAAUUGCUCCAGUAUGUCAUUGUGGGUGUGAAAAAAGGAACACAAUUUCUAGCAAAUACUUAGUGCAGCUGGCUUCUACACAUCAUAGUUUAUAAUACUCCCUCUUCCAAAAUACUUGUUGUGAUACUAAAACCACGUCAAGUAUUUUGGAACGGAGGGAGUACCUUUUUUUGUCUAGCUCAUUUUUCCUGGGAUAUUCAGUUUUGUUUGCUUUGUUAGUUGUGUAUAUGGACUGGAAGGUAUUAUCUGAUACCUAGCAUACAUGGACAGAUGCUUCUUUCCAUAUGGUAUUGGUAUUGUUAGAUCUUACCUUUUUGGCUUCUUGAGCAUAUGGGAUUUUAUUUGUAAAUUGUGGUGAUGUCUUAGAAUUCUUUCAGAUGCCAUCACUGUGGUAUUAAUGCAAGGACCACUUGCUCCUUUGCUGUUUCCAUUUCCACCAUCCAAACUAAAAGCAGAUCGAAAUCCUAGGGUUACUACCCCCUCCAGGCUAUCUCCAUCCCCAUCGUCCGAUCUGAUCCUUCGCCAUGGCACAAUACAACGGCAAGCAGUACCGGCCUCGCCGGGGCCCCGAGCACCCCCUGCAGCCGGCGGAGGACCCGGAGGCGCACGCCGUGAUUAACCACCUUGCGGUCAUGGCGGCGGAGGCGGAGGUGAAGGCGAUGAACGCGUACAGGGAGGAGCAUGAGCAGGAGGUGGAGGAGGGCGAGGGGGAUGGGCAACAUGGGCAUGGGGAGCACGGCGGCAAGGUGGAGGUCGUCCAGAUGGAUGCCGAUGCCGUGGUGGCUGCUGCUGCUAUGGCAGCGGCAGUUGUGGCGGCCACACAGUUGGACCUACACAGGGCAAUGGUCUCUACAAUUGGGUCGCACCCUUUUAUGUGAUGUAUAAGCCAAAUUAUAAAAAAGGGCAGCCCGGUGCAUGUAGCUCCCGCUUGCGCAGGGUCUGGGUAAGGGUCCGACCACUUUGGGUCUUUUGUACGCGGCUUUUCCCUGCAUUUCUGCAAGAGGCUGUUUCCAGGACUUGAACCCGUGACCUCAUGGUCACAAGGCAACAGCUUUACCACUGCGCCAAGGCUCCCUUUCUAUAAGCCAAAUUAUAGUUCAUGAGAAAUAUAAUAGUAUCGUGAUUUUAUGAUAUGGUACUGCUUUACAAAAGAAAGUACUGCCUACUAUUCUGAUGCUAAAAACCUUUUUUAGACAAGAUUGUAUUUUGCUUGUUUGUCUAGAUUACCUCUGCACGCAUUAUGCACAAAUACAA